AUGUAUGUGUUCUCGCCAGCGCCGCAACAAAAAGAUCCCGGCGGUGGGGUAGAGGUAAAAGUUAAAAGCUCAGAUACGGGAAAUGGAGGGCAGUGCAGUGACGCCCAGUGGAAGGUUAACUUCCUCAGCUGCCUCCGCGGCCCUGCACAGACGUGUAGGUUACUGACCUGCUUAUCGAACACCAUUGUUGACGUAGCGUCAGGGCAGACAAAAGUUGGUAAAACCGCUAAUAGUGAACAAAAGUGUAUUUCUUCUUCUGCAACGGAUCCCGUUGUGCAGGAGUCCUACCUCACAGAGCUCUGCAAAUAUCUUGCCCCUGAGGCGAGUUCGUCCGAUACUGGAGCGUCAACUUCUGCAAAAAAUGAAACUUCUCUGUUGUGUGUGCCUAAGGGAGAAAAGGGCCGAAUGCUCUACUCGACAUUCUUGCGGAUGGCAGAAAUUCCGUACUGGCGUCAAACUCUCCUAGGACCAUUGCUUCGGUGCUGGUGUAGCGAGGGGUGUGACGAGUUGGGCGGCACGUUCCUGCUCGAAGCGAUCGUAAAUGCGAUAGAAAGGGAGUUGUGCUCUUUAAAUAUGUUAGAGCAAAGGCACCCCAUCCCCGAAGAUGCUUCCGGCGGGCCUGAGUUGUGGGACCUAUCCAAGUACGACAAGGCGGAGGCUCGACAGUACGAGGUGUUGAUAAACGAACUAGAGGGUGUGGUUCGAGGGGCCGGAUCAUUUCGUGGAAUAUGCAUCGUGAUGGAUUGCAUUAUCCGUAAUAGUAUCCAGCGUCUGGUGGAGGGCGUGCAUUACGUUGUAUGUGGAAUGUCAGCGAGGGGCGGGGCCCUUCCAACCGGUGGUGUCCGCAUGAAUGAGGAGGUGGUCCGUGUCGUCGAUAGUGUGGUGGCACUAGUAUGGAGAGAAAUCGGUUCAUUUUUUCAGCGGUGUGAGGUGGAUGUGGAGGCGGCGCUGAGCGAAACACAGUGGCUCUUUUUGAUGCUGCUCAUCACAGGUUACAAGGGGGCUCAUGCGUUACUUGCCGCACCUCCCUCUGUAUCUUCGUCUUCGGCAUCUUCUAAUACUGAUACUGCUACUACUACUACUAUUACCGAUCGCAUACAUUUGCGCGCGCGCCGCAUGUUUUUCGAAAAGCUUCAAUCAAAUCUGCGGGAUUACCUUUCCAUGCGCCUGCUUGCAGGUGGUGAUCCGGCCAGUAACUCCUUUGCAUCAGUCCACACCGUGACCUGCCAUCAACCCUUCUUCUGGAGGUGUACUUUGGAAGCGGAAUCAGCCCCUGGUCAUCUGCCACCGGCGCUUUCCGUCAACAUCGUCAUUAAGGAGUGGGUAAAGAAGGAAGCAGCCACAGCAUGGGGGAACGCUGUGCGUGUCGUGCGGUGCUUCGUUCAUGGGCAAAUGGCCGUAGAGGAUGUGCCGCUGACGGCUGUACCUGCAGUCUCGGAGUCCGUUAUUUCCUCUAUUCAGCGGUGUCACCGCCAGCUGGUGGAGCAGCACAUAGAGCACUUGUCGGCUUCACAGAAAUAUUUUUUCUCUGCCGGCAAGCGUCCGCGUGAGGAUGAAGGCAAACACGCUAUGGACGGCGGGUCUACUUGGCUAUCGUAUAUGGUUGAAUUCUUUUUCUGUGUCUACCAUCCGAGCUGCUUUUCGAUUCUAUCGCCUGUGAAGCAAGGGGAGUUUGUCUCGCUUCUUCGUCAGCUACAUGAUAUGAUCCUUUACAAGGGACACGAUGCUUUGGAAGGCUCAAUUGCAUCCCUUUUACCUGGGGAGAAGGCGAGUGAGGUUAAGUUGCGGGAUGAGUUGAUGCAGUGGCACACCCAGUACGUGCACACACGAGUUGUGAAUGCGCUUAGGGAAAAUAGCUUUUUAGUUAUGUGUCUUCUUCACGGUGUUUUCGCACUAUUUAGCCGCGCAGGAAGGACAAACAUACAGGGACAUGAGGUAUUGAAGUGUACUCUUCUCCCAAUCCUGUCAAUCCUUUGCAGUCCUCAGGGUGAGGGUGAGGGUGGGGAGGAGGAUGAGGAAGACGUGACGGCUGUGGAGGAAAAUGCCACAACGGAUGAAACAGAUGCGUUUUUUGUUGACAGGCAGGAGCGGCAACAGUGCAUGAUUUUGCUUGUUACGUCUGGGUUUAUGUCAAUACCGUGGAAUUUGCGCGGUUUGAGGAUACGGCUCCUUCUGUUCGGGAUAUUAGGCACAAGGUUGCGGGAUUCAUUUGGCUCUGAGGGGGCAGCAUCCGAAUUGUACCAACUGCUUUCCGAAGUUGUCAGCGGGCAGCGAACGCCGGAAGAUAUAGCAUCAGAGAUAUUCGGUGAUUGCACGGGUGAUCCCUUUCUCUCUCUGUUGGUUUCUGAAAGGGAGGAUACCGAUGGGGGAACGGUGGUUGACGCGAUGGAGGAUAUUUUACGCCGCGAUGUGCCGGUACAGUUCCCCGCACCUUGUGGGACGCUGCUGCUCAUGUCUGUGUUCCGCACGUUGUCGCAGGAAUUGUUGCGGCUCCGCACGGAGUGGGAACAGCAAAUAAAGCUUUUGAGUGAGAGUGAGAGCGAUUACCUCGGUCGGCAGGCUACGUUUUGCACAACGGAAGAUAUUGUUGUCUUUCGUAUCCUUGUGAGGGUUAUCCAUCAUAUGGUGUUUGGUUUUCAAGUUCAGCCGCUCGGAUUACUGCGGCUUUGGAUAUCCUUCUUAGUGCACUUGUUUGCCUUUAUUGUUCCGCCGUUGACGGAAGAUGACGAGUUGAUUUUACUUGCACCACACGUGCUGGAGCGACGGCUUCAUAAGCAGCAAGAAGAUAAUGACCGAAAGUUGAAUGAUAGUGCGGGAGCAAUCUCAAGCUCCAACUUCCGCCGCUCAGCCAACGAGUCUUCCCAGGGGGAAUUACGAGCAGCGUUAGGCGAGUUACUUGCAGAUCUGGUGCUGAUGCCUCUGUUGGAUGGCGAGGUUGCAAAGCAGUGCCCUGCCGCAAUCCCGUCCCACCCUGGAAGCCGAAUGUGGGUAAAGCAAAAUAUUCGCCGGUCUGCAGAUAUCCUCCUUUUGCAGCGGGUGUUGCCAGCCCAGGUAUUGGAAGAGUUGUGCCUCGCACUCGGUGUAAAUGUUUCAGCCAUGAAUGAUAAAGGACCAAAUGGUGUGAGAGCCACGCGGCAAGUUGGCGGAGGGGUGGGGAAGUCGUUCCUUGGCGUGCUCGGUGUUUUUGCUUUCUGCCAACGACUGGACCAUUUUGUGGUGCCUGGGAGCGUUUCCGAUGACGGUGUGGCGUUGCAUUUGCAGGCUCUCUGGCACGCUGUUGAGGUGGGCUACGCAUCAUCGGCGGUGUGA